AUGGCCUAUCGACGGAAGUCUCCUCCUGCAGCACAGCUUGGCGCACUUCGCCAAUUGCAACUAUUAUGCAAUGUUACUGCGAUGGGACUUCCUUUUCAAGCUCAUAAUGCACAGGUAUUAUUGGAUCAACUGAAAGUACAUAAUACUGUAACAUUUCAACAGUUCACAAAGAAACCCAUUCGAGAAGAGUUCUUUUCCAGCAGAGUGGUUGAUGAUUGUAAGGAAAGUGCCCUCAUUAAAGGUGCUCCAGAGUUUACUUUACCACUUCCAAAACACUUCAUAGAUCCUUCAGAGAAUGAUGAGAACCUUGUGAAACGUGCUUUUUAUCAUGUAUCUAUGAUAAAAAAAGUUGGCGAGUUACAAAGUGAUAGUUAUACCCCACGUUGUGGGUUAACAGGGUUGUUUUUUUCCAGAGAAGAGGUUGUUGAUAAUCUUCAAGCUGCUGCCAAAGAUAUGGGAUUCAAGUCACUUUUCUGGAUUAGAAGUGAUCAUAGGGCGUUGGGAAAUUUUCUUCAGCUUAAGGAAGGUAGUGAGGCUAUUUGUUUAACUCUUACAGCAGCUGUUAUAAGUGUGGAGGAUGUGGAACCCUUCCCCGAAGAUCUUCUACACCACUCGUUACGGCAAUCGACAGAGUCUAACAGGCGUGUAUUUGGGAAAGGAGUGCCACGAGGAAUGAACGCUUUUUCUGGUUUUGUCACUAAAAAUCCUUUUGUGCAAAACUUACCUAAUCGUGGCGUCUGGAUAUCCCAGGAGCAAUUUUUGCAAAAUAAUCUUCAACUUAAGAAAAAACUCACCUCAUGUGAAAACCCCUUCGUAUUAGUAGAAAUAGAACAAUGGGAGAUGCACAACGCGGAUCAACUCACUGUUCCUGGGAGGUUAGCACUGCAUCGUCCUGAAACCGAAUACCCUAAAUCAACUUCAAUUUUUACCUAA